UGACCGGCACUGCCCAGUCCAGCAGACCAUCCACCACCAGUACCACCACCACUCCACCACAGCCGGACUGACCGCUCCACCACUCCACCACCACUCAGCACUCCAGGAUGAGAGCCGGGGUCUCUGUACUGGUCUUACUGGCAUUUGCAGGGUUGGAGAGUGUUCUCUCUGCAUCUCUGGAAGCCGUGGGAAAGAAGGGAGCACUCGAUCGCAAAGCAGAGGAGAAUGCCCACCCUCAGAAAAGAGUUCUCUCUGCAUCGCUGGAGGCAGAUGAAGAGAGGGAUGUACUCGACCAGACAGCUGAGGUAAACUACGGCCCUCGGAAAGGAGGUUUAGUGCUUUCUGCAUCACUGGAGGCAGAUGAAGAGAGGGAUGCUCUCAAACAAAGAGCUGAGGGAAACUACGGCCCUCUGAAAGGAGUGCUCUCUGCAUCUCUGGAGGCAGAUGAAGACAGAACUGAGGGAAACUACGGCCCUCGACAAAAAGGUUUAGUGCUUUCUGCAUCAAUGGAGGCAGACGAAGAGAGGGAUGCUCUCGGACAGAGAGAGGGCGUGAUUAUAGAGGAUGAAACCUACCUGGAGGCUGAAAGAGAGGAGUUAGAGGAUGAGGCAGAAGCUGCAGAGCAGAGGCACGAGCACGAGGCCGAGGCUGCAGAUGUGACUCCAGAAGAGGAGGCUGAUGAUCUGACAGAAGCGGAAGUGGAAGGAGCUGCUGAGAGUCACGAGCAACGGGAAGCGAAGGAGGACAGAAAAAUGGAUGAUGAGGCUGAAGACGGGGUGGGACACGCAGCAGCUUCAGAGGAAUGAUGCGGAGGAUGCUGGGUAGAGGGGGGAACGCCUGUGCCUGGAGUCGUGUUGUCCACCACAGAAGUAAACGAGGAGUGUACUGUUCUCAAUAAAAGAACCAUUAAAUACUGUA